AUGACUAAAAAACCAUCCCAGCCAACCACCACCCCCAACAUCUACCACAAACUGCAUCUCAUCCAAGCCCAAAUAAAGGAACUGAUCCGCACCGAAAAAAACCCCCACCAAAACUACUUCUUUUUUAAUGAAUUGCAAGUUCUGCAAUUACUGAAACCCUUACUAGAAAAGCACCAACUAACCAUUCUGCUCAGUGAUGAUGACAGCAAAGAAUUCACUUGUGAACAGCUAGGCAAAAUGUAUUUUGUUAAGUAUG